AUGAAGUUUUCUGUUGAGGAGGCAGAAAAGCUUAGGAGGAUGAUGAGAUCGGCAAGGAAAGAAGAGGAGAUAGCAGAGCUUUCAAGGGAGAUUGAGAAUAAGGAGAUGGUGAUGAUGAACAGUAUUUCUGAAGACUACCUGAAUAUAAUAAGUAAGUGUAGCUCUCUUGAUGUCAUUAGGACUAGGCUGUCUUCUCUGAUGAAGUUGAACAAUGAGUUUGGAAUGGCGGUAUCGGAUGGUGUCUUGCAGUAUAGUGGAGUGAUUAGUGAGAUGGAGGAAAAUGACUUGAUGGAGAGUAGGCUUGAGAUGCUGAUGUGUGAGCUGAAGCGAAUACUUGAGUUUGUUGAGUCAACACUAUAUUAUGAGGAAGUCAACAAGGACGAGCGAGAGGAUGCCGUGUACUACUUCAAGCUGGUGCAGAGUGUUCAAUUGCUCGAGAAGAGCCUUUGCUUAUUCCGGAAGUAUGCGUUUUUUGCAAGUGCAAGCCAGAUAUUUAUGAAGGUGAGGAAUGGAGUAGUAUCACUGAUGAUAAAGGAUGUGGAUCUGUGGGUUGAAUGGGCAAGCAAUAAUGUUAAGCAGGCUGGGGAGGAGAUGGGCGAGAUGUUCAUGAUUGAUCAAAAGCGAGGGCAUAUAUUUGGGGCGCUUGGGUUGCAGCGGGGAUUGUUUGUUAAUAGGAUGCUUCUCUGUGUUCUUCAUGAGUCAAGGCGCCUUGGGGCGGAUUCUGUGAUUAUUGAGAGGAUAAAUGAACGGAGAAGAAAGGGCAUUGAGUACAAUCUUCGGAGAGACGAUCCAAGGAUUGUUAUGGAUGCAGCAGGGUUUGUGCUGUGGAGCCAUUAUCUGACUGGCCUUGACGAUGGAUUUAAGACACACAACAAAACUACUUUUAAGGCACUACUCGAAAAUGAGAUGCUGCAAAGGCCUGAGAACUUCAUGAAGGUGAAGGAUGGGCUUGUUUGCUUAAGAAACCUUGCGAUGUACUUAAUGAUUGAUUCGGAAGACUUGGAUAGGAUUAUCAGUAAUGUUGCAAUUGGGUAUUUUGAAAAGCAAGGGCAUAUUGAAGACGGUGGUUAUGAUACAAAUGAUGCAAGUAUGGUGGGAGAAGCGAUAAAUGUGUUUGUUGAUGAAUGCUAUGGAUUUGUAUCGAAUGUAACACAGCUUUCGAAUGAGCUUGACGAGAUGCUUGGGAAAAAGGUUGAUGAGUAUUUGUGCAAGCUGAUUGAGAGCAAUCUUGAGGAUAUGCAGAAGUUCAGUGAGGUUGCGGCGGCUGUUAGAGGGACGCUGGAGCAUCUAGAGGAGAAGAAUAGCUUUUAUAAAGACGGGGAGUUUAAGUGUGUGGUGCUACUUGAAAAAAACAACAAAAGGUUUGCGAAGGAGGUGCUUGAUGGAAGCAUGAGGAGAGCUGAUGAGCUGUUUGAAGGGAUCUUAAAAAAUAGAGAUUUUGCGAUUUUACUUCUGCAGAUGUUUUCGAAAGCCAAGGAGGCCAAGGUUCCGGAUGAGAUGUGCCUUAAGAUUAAGCAUGACCUGGUGACGCACAUCAACGAUGGAUUUGUAAUGGCUGCGACGAAUGGAAUGUCUCCACAGGACACAAAAAUGGUGAAUGGAUAUCUCUGUAGUUUCUAUGGAUACUUGAAGGGAGCAGAGCCUGAAUUGCAAAAUAUUCUUGAGGAGGCCAUAGAAAUGUAUAAGAACGAAAUAAAGUAA